UUUCUGAGAAAUGUUUCAUAAACGUCUAUUGCAUUUUGUACAAUUGGGAGGCGUUGGUGUAGCCGGGUACUUUGUUGGACAAUAUGGGUAUAAUCUCAAGAAAGAAGGUCAAAAUGAUUGUUUGCUGAUAAAUGGCAAUAGAAUUAAAAACAUGCCUGGUUUGCCCAUUUUCGGUACAGUUUCAGCAGCAGCCCCAUUCACCGAAAGUGGCACGGCCAAAUACAGGGUUCCAGAAAUAAUGAAAUAUGGCUUCCCUGGAUUGGACAAUAUUCAUUCAUAUGAUGAUUAUGUACUAUCUUAUGACCAACGUAACAGGGUACCACAUUGGGUAUUCGAGCAUCUAACAAAGGCACAUGUGACGAAGAAUGAUGCAGUGGAUAGGAGUAAAUGCGAAUUCAUGCCUGAUGAAAGCAUCCAUCCAUACUUUAGGUCACAAAACAGCGAUUAUCGUAAGUCAGGUUUUGACCGUGGCCACAUGGCGGCAGCGGGUAACCAUCGGAUUUCUCAAAAGCACGUGGAGCAGACCUUUUAUCUCAGCAAUAUGGCGCCGCAGGUGGGUGAAGGUUUCAACAGACAUGCGUGGAAUACAUUGGAGAAACAUGUGAGAAAAUUGACCAGAGUGUACAAUAAUGUUUACUGCUGCACUGGACCAUUGUAUCUACCAAGAAAGGAAUCGGAUGGCAAGACUUACGUGAAGUAUCAAGUAAUAGGCGCUAACACAGUAUCAGUUCCCACACAUUUCUACAAGGUAGUCGUGGGGGAAGCGACGAACGGCGAUUUACACAUGGAGGCCUACGUGAUGCCCAAUCAGAAGAUAUCAGAUCAGACGCCAAUUACAUCAUUUAUGGUACCUCCAGAAACAAUAGAGAGGGCGGCUGGUUUGUUAUUCUUUAACAAAAUUGAUAGGAGUAAAUUGUCUUCGAUUAACGGACGGAAAGUGUGAUCUUUUAGAAUUUUAUAAUGAAAUAAGUAAACAAAGUUUGCGAACUCAAGACUUAUUGACUUCCUAUAACCUUGGUUAUAACCAAGUUUAAUCUUAGAAACAAUUUUUAUGUUAUAAUAGAAAAAAUCAUUAUUUAUUUAUGUAUUCGGCCGGGCGUGAUGUAUAUAAUUGUAGUCAGCAAUUUAGUAAUUAUAAAACAAAUUUUAUUUUCAUAGAAACAAUAAUUAUAUAUUGUAUUUGGCCUAAUUUAUAUAUUUUAAAAUCUUAAAUGGACCUUUCUCUAAAAUAUUAAUUACAUGUCUUCAUAAUGUAAGGCCGCCUGACAAAGACGGUUAUUUGUUUUAAUAUUUUUAUGUUUAGUGCAAUUCUAAAAAGAUCCUUUGGCGAAUGAUUGAAACCAAAUAUUAGUUUAUGUAAGUGAUUGUUUCUGAAUGCAAUUAACGAAAAUGUGUAUAAUUAUUGACAUUAAAAAAUAAUCUAAACAUGAAAUAGAAAUAAUCAUUAUUCAAAUAAACUUUAUAUAAGUACUUUUGAAUAGUCAUAUAAUUAUUUUUUAGCAUGCCACUACCGGAAAGUAGACAGACAACAAGAAUAGUGGACAAAAAAUUUGCUUGUUGAUCUUUUAAAAAUCUGUUGAUCAGCAUUACAUAUUUAAUAUUUUGUGUGAAUAGAAACUGCCAAAUAGCAAAACUAGUAAUAAAAUAAAUCAGUGAUAGUUUAUGUUUGUAGGUUACUUAUACUUAUGAAAUAA